AUGGUGGCGCUCGAAGAGAUGAACAACAGUAAUCGCAAAAAUCGGGAUGAGGCCGAACGAAAUCGCAAGAGCAACCAAACAGCAGAUGAUGGCGAGGACCACAAAAAGGGGAAGGGCUCCUCUCAUACGGCGUUGAGGAGGAAGAGGAGCGGGAGCGGGAAGGGCGUCGGGCAAAGCGGAGGAGAUGAUCUGCAGACGUCUGCACAGCAGGGCUUGCGGGACGACUCCUCCAAGGCGUGGGUCAUGCGCACCCUCUUCCGUACGGCCGAGAACGAACGCGGCCCUUCUCGCACCCGCGCCAAAGCUGUGAGCUUCGCCAGCGACGUGGGACAAUCCGAGACGGAGACGGAAAGAGCGCACACCCGGCGGCGCCGUCGCCACCGCCGACAGGCAAGCAAAGGGUCCACCACGAGUAGUGGAGAGGACGAUGCAGGAAGAAGGGACGACGACCAACGGAAGCUCACCAAGUCCAGCCACCAAGGCAGCCGACCUCCGCUCACGCCGAGCGAGAGCGAUCGGAGCGUCGAAUCCGAGGGAACGGGCCUCCGCAGGCGCAAGAAGAGGGCCGCCACCUGGCACAGCGCACAGAAUCCACUCUUCAAACCCAAGCAAACACAGGAAGAGCAGGAGGUUGUUCCGUUGUACGUGUUCUUCUACGAGGCCGUGCUCAACCUGCUGUGGCCUCCCUUCAACUAUUUCCGUCUGCACCUCCUCUACAUCUGUUUCCUCUCCGUCUUCGGCGGGUUGGCCAUCUAUCUGUCGCAGUUGGGGCUAUCGAGCGAAAUGAGCUAUCUCGACGCACUCGUUCACGGCGCCUCCACGAGCACUCAAACCGGUCGCCUCGGGCAGGUGAUUCUGGCCGUGGUGAUGGUGCUGGGCAAUGGCGUGCUCAUCACCAUCGCGCCGGUCGUUACUCGUCUCUUCCAUUUCCACCGUUUCUUCAAGCAGAAGAACAUCACCCAGAAGACCGAUGAGUACUAUGCGCUGUGGCAGCUGGUGAUCAUCGUGCCCACGUACUACUGCGUCUUCGUGGGCCUGGGCUGGAUCGUUAUGGGCUCCUACAUGGCCGGCGCCUCCGACGCCAACGGCGUAAUCGACAAGAAUGACAACAAUGCCGCCUGGUGGGGCCUGUUUCAUUCCCUGUCGGCGUUCGGCAACUGCGGGUACUCAACGUUUGGUGACGGCAUGGUGCAGUGGCAAACCUACCCGCUGCCGCUCAUCGUCAUGUCCAUCCUCAUCUUGGCCGGCAACACGGCGUUCCCGUUGCUGAUGCGACUGAUCAUCUACACGCUCUGGCGAACGCCGUUUCUCAAGCGAUACCGUCACGUGUACCGGUACAUGCUGGACCACCCGCGUCGCUGCUUCACCCAUCUAUUCCCCGCGGCCGAGACCAGGUGGCUGCUCGUAGUACUGGUGUUCUUGAACUCGGUCGAGUUCAUCUUUGAGCUCGUGUUGGAUUGGGACAACGCGGCCUAUCUGCAGCUCAGCCCGUCCUACAAGCUCCUCAACAUGUACUUCCAGACCAUCGCCAUCCGCACGUCGGGCUUCAAUUCGGUCGAUCUCACCAAACUCUCCGCUUCCAUCCUGUGGCUGUACACCGGAAUGAUGUACAUCGCCGCAUCGCCCGUUGCCAUCACUGUGCGCUACACCGGCAAGGCCAGCGCUGACAGUAUCGAGGCUUCGGGCCGAACGACGCAAACGACCAACACGGUGGGCUCGCAGGCGCAGAACAUUUUUGUGAAGCACUUCGUGUUCGUGUUCCUCGCCAUCCUCUUCAUCAGCAUGAUCGAAGAGAUCCCGCUGGCCGUCGACUCCAACUACACCCUCUUCAAAGUCAUCUUCGAAGUCGUCUCCGCCUACGGUACGGUGGGGCUUUCGCUGGGCUAUGGAUCGUUCGCCUUUUCCUUCUGCGGCGUGUGGUCCGGCGGGUCAAAAUUCAUCCUGGCGCUCGUCAUGAUUCUGGGCAAGCACAGGAACUUGCCGGAGUCAAUCGAUUCGGCCGUCACGAUGCCCACCGACCUCAUGUUCGACGAAACCGACGCGGCCAGCGACAUCGAGGUGCUCAGCGAGAGCGACAACGAUGACGUCUUCGACGACGACGACGACGACGAGGCCGCUCUGGAUGAUGACGGUGAAUCGGAGUACGAUUCGGACGAGGUUGCCUACGAAGAGGAAAAGAGCGAGGCGGCCGACAGCGGAGAGCACAAGAAGACGAAGAAGCAGAAGAAGAAGGCAAAGACGGACAAGAGCAAGAGCAAGAGCGGGGGCCACGGGCCAACGACGUUGCGCUUCGAGGACGACGACAUUCCACCAGACAUGGACGACGACGAUCAAGGCUGGCUGCACGGCGGCCCUGCGCCCAGCAGUUCGGACGAAGACGUCGAACGCGGCACACACUAA